AGUAUUAUCGUGUGAACAUAAAGCAAUUUUUAGUAUCGCCAAGUAGACUGAUAUAUAAGUUGAAAGAAUUUUCAUAUCCGCUAAUCAUCGACAACAAUUUAAAAAAUAUGGAAUCCGGUUCUAAAAAGUAUGGUCUGCUUGUUCCUAAAAAGAAAUUAGGUGGUGUAAAGGCAUCCAAUGUCUUUGGUGAUGACAGUGACUCAGAAAACGAUUUGAAAAAUAAACCUAUUCAAACCAGCAACCAAACUAAAGCUCAACAAAGAAGUGCUAAAUUAAUUCACGAUAUGGCACUUGAAGAAGAUGCUACUGUAUUUCAAUAUGAUGAAGUAUAUGAUGAAAUAGAGAAGAAAAAAGAAAAUCUUGAUGAAAAAAAAAAACAAAUCGAUAAAAAACCACGUUAUAUACAGAAUUUAUUAGUUCAAGCUGAGAAACGUAAAAUUGAAUAUGAACGUAGGAAUGAAAGAUUGAUUCAGAAAGAAAGAGAGACUGAAGGAAAUGAAUUUAAAGAUAAAGAAGCAUUUGUCACUUCAUCAUACAAAAAAAAACUGGAGGAGUUAAAAAAAUUGGAUGAAGAGGAUUUAAAACUUUCA